GCUGCGGGUUCCAUUUUGUGGCGCUGCCGGCGGGCGGAGCCGGCCAUUCGCGGACUGGACGUCGGUUGAGACGCUUCGAGCUUUUGUAAAGCUCUUUCCCAAGUCUCUUGUGAAGGUCCCGCUUAAGUCAUCAAAAACGGAAGGUCGAAAGAGCAGCUGGUGGUCCAUCUGGAGCGGCAUCAUGAGUGGCUGUCGUGUAUUUAUCGGGAGGCUAAACCCAGCAGCCCGAGAAAAAGACGUGGAGCGGUUUUUCAAGGGAUACGGACGUAUCCGCGACAUUGACCUGAAAAGAGGCUUCGGGUUUGUGGAGUUUGAAGAUCCAAGGGAUGCUGAUGAUGCCGUUUACGAACUGGAUGGAAAAGAACUCUGCAGUGAAAGGGUUACAAUUGAGCACGCAAGGGCUCGGUCAAGAGGUGGAAGAGGCAGAGGACGAUACUCUGAUCGUUUCAGUAGCCGCCGUCCACGCAAUGAUAGAAGAAAUGCUCCACCUGUAAGAACAGAAAAUCGCCUCAUUGUAGAAAAUUUGUCAUCCAGAGUCAGCUGGCAGGAUCUCAAAGACUUCAUGAGACAGGCUGGGGAAGUAACCUUUGCAGAUGCGCAUAGGCCUAAACUAAAUGAAGGGGUGGUUGAAUUUGCCUCUUACAGUGAUCUAAAGAAUGCUAUUGAAAAGCUUUCUGGCAAAGAAAUAAAUGGAAGGAAAAUCAAGCUAAUUGAAGGCAGCAAAAGGCAUAGUAGGUCCAGGAGCAGGUCCCGUUCCCGGAGCAGGAGCUCAUCGAGGUCUCGCAGUCGAUCUCGUUCCAGAAGCCGCAAGUCUUACACCCGAUCCAGAAGCAGGAGCCGUAGCAAGUCACGAUCUGUUAGUAGAUCUCCUGCCCCUGAAAAGAGCCAGAAGCGUGCUUCUUCAAGUAGAUCAAAGUCUCCAGCUUCUGUGGAUCGCCAAAGAUCACGCUCAAGAUCACGCUCUGUUGACAGUGGCAACUGAAUUAAAAACAGUUUACUGUGGGGACUUGUUGAACCAUACUUGCUAAUAGUUGUGGUAAGUAUGUGACUUCUGGGAAAUAGACUGGGAGGGGGAGGGCUUUAACAGCUUUGUAUAUGUGGACCACCAAGAAGUUAUUGAACUAAUUGUAUUGUCUUUUUGAUAAUCCUUUUCCUGCUCACUUCAUUGAACCAGAAGUGCAUAGCUUUAUGUAUAUUGCUAGAGCUCUUUAAGGAAGCUUUAAUUUUUUUUUGUAAUUAGGGAGAGUUCUCCUUUUGAAAACCUGCUCUCAGUGUAUUCCAGUAAUUGCCAUUUCAGGAUGUAAACUUAAAAAAUUGGCACUGAGCUCUGUACCAGCUGUAAAUAAAGCUUUAUUUUGGAUUUAUAGUG